ACAAACUGGAUGAGCUGUUUGAGCAGGAGAGGAACCUGAGGACGGCCAUGACCAACCGAGCCGGGCUGCUGGCUCUGAUGCUGCACCAGACCAUUCAGCAUGACCCCAUUACUACAGACCUGCGCACUGCCAAGGACAGGUGGAUCAAACAUGAAUUCUGGAUCAGAUCCUCCAGUGUCUGGACUCAAGUCAGUGAAGAGAUCUCCUCGCUUGUCCGCUCAGGGCAACAGGAGUGAAGGAAAUCCAGCCGUGAGCGGAGGAAACAUUGUGCAGGUGAAGAGGAGAGGAAGAAUGGAGAGGAGCAGAGAGGACAGAGAGGAGGAGCUGAAUGUCAGACUGCAGGCACUGGAUCUGUCAAGCCUAUCCUUAAUCUGCGGAACCGGUUUGGUUUACUCGGAGAUCUUCACUCAUCACCAGAACCUGUGGGAUCCCAGUCACCCAGAGAAUCCAGACAGAGUGAAAUCCAUCAUGAAGGAGCUGGAGAAACAAGAGCUGCUAUCUCACUGCAUCAGGGUGGAGCCCAGAGAAGCUACUGAAGACGAGCUGCUACUAGCUCACGCAAAAUCUUAUGUGCAGCUGAUGAGGUUGACUGAGAAGAUGUCAGUGGGGGAACUUCAAACUCUGUCUGAGAAAUACGACUCUGUUUAUCUUCAUCCUGAGUCCUUUCAGGUGUCUGCUUUUGCUGUGGGGUCAGUCCUCCAGCUGGUCGAUCAGGUGAUGACCUUUAAACUCAGGAAUGGAUUCGCUGUCAUUAGACCUCCAGGUCAUCAUGCUCAGAGUAACAAGUCCAAUGGUUACUCUGUCUUCAACAAUGUGGCAAUCGCAGCGCGAUAUGCUCAGACCAGACACUUGAUCAGCAGAGUGCUGAUCGUGGACUGGGAUGUUCAUCAUGGUCAGGGAAUUCAGUACAUGUUCCAGGAAGACCCUAGCGUUCUGUACUUCAGCGUCCAUAGGUACGAGUUUGCCUCCUUCUGGCCCCAUCUCACAGAGUCGGACAGUCAGUCCAUUGGCAGUGGACGAGCUGAAGGAAGGAACAUCAACUUGCCCUGGAACAAGACCAGGAUGACAGACGCUGAUUACAUGGCUGCCUUUCAACAGCUACUGCUGCCUGUGGCCUACGAGUUUCAGCCUCAGUUGGUUCUGGUAUGUGCCGGUUUUGAUGCUGCUGUCGGUGAUCCGAAGGGGGAGAUGUGUGUGAGCCCUCAGUGCUUCCAUGUCCUCACCCACAUGCUGAUGGCUUUGGCUGAAGGUCGAUUGGUUCUCGCUCUUGAGGGAGGUUACAACCUGCAGUCGACAGCAGAGGGCGCCGCAGCCUGUGUCAAAGCUCUGCUGGGGAGAGCAUGUCCUCCUCUGGCCCCGCCCACCGCUCCGUCUAACAGUGCUCUGCAGUCAAUCUCUCGGUCCAUCUCUGCUGUGUAUCCACACUGGACCUUUCUACAAGUGCUGGAAGGCGUCCAGUUGGCUGAGAACAGUGUCCUCAGGGACACAUCCAAUGAGGAGGUCCUCAAGCAGGCUGGUCCCACUCCCUCUGUGGCCACCAACACAGGUCUGGUUUAUGAUGAGAGGAUGAUGGAGCACCUGAACUUGUGGGACAGACAUCACCCCGAGCAGCCACAGAGGAUCUCCAAAAUCUUCUCCAGACUUCAGCAACUGGGUUUGGUUGAUCGUUGUCAGCGGAUACCAGCUCGCUUAGCAUCACACGAGGAGCUAUCCCUCUGCCACAGCAUGCAGCACAUUGAGCAGAUGAAAGCUACAACAGACAUGAAGCCAAGAGAUCUGCAUAAACUGGGACAAGAGUUCAACUCCAUCUACAUCAACAACCAGAGCUUCCAGUCGGCUCAGUUAGCUGCAGGAGGCUGCUUCAACGCUGUGGAGAGGAUCCUGGAUGGACAGGUGAGUAACGGCAUAGCCGUCGUCCGUCCCCCUGGUCACCACGCGGAGAGAGACUCUCCCUGUGGUUUUUGUUUUUUCAACACUGUAGCGCUCACCGCCCGCUACGCACAAAAAAUCUCCAAUGAUGCACCACUGAGAGUUCUCAUCCUGGAUUGGGACGUUCAUCAUGGCAAUGGGACACAACACAUAUUUGAGGAUGAUAACAGUGUCCUGUACAUCUCCCUCCAUCGCUAUGACAAUGGAAUGUUCUUCCCCUCGUCAGAGGAUGCUGCCCCCAAUUGCGUGGGUGUUGCCAAGGGGGCAGGAUUUAAUGUCAAUGUGGCCUGGAGUGGAGGACGCAUGGGUGAUUCCGACUAUCUUGCUGCAUUUCACCACGUUGUCAUGCCUAUCGCUACUGAGUUUAACCCUGGUCUGGUUCUGGUGUCAGCUGGGUUUGAUGCAGCUCGGGGGGACCCUCUGGGUGGGUAUCAUGUAACCCCAGAAGGUUACGCCCACCUCACACACCUGCUGAUGUCACUGGCCGGGGGUCGAAUCCUGCUCAUCCUGGAGGGAGGUUAUAACCUGUCAUCUAUUUCUGACGCCAUGAUGAUGUGCACCAGCAUGUUACUAGGAGAGCCUCCUCCAUCCUUGGUGACGCCCGCAUCCCCGCCUCACCAUAAUGCUGUGGCAACGAUCAAUGAGGUCAUCCGAUACCACGCCCCUUACUGGAGGUCACUGAGGAUACACAUCCCAGAGUCUGUGCAGACAUCCCUGCCCUCCCCAAAGCAUCAUGGAAAACGCAGUUCUAAAGGAAGAAGCAGGAAGUUAGAGACGCCUCUGCAGCCUCCUACAGAACCAGAGAACACCACGACGGAGUCCAGCCUGGCCCACCUCAGUCAAGGAUUGUCCAGUUUGGACAUCAGUGAAACCUCAGCAAAUCAGAUGUCUGCUGCAUCCACUCUGGUGGGCGGGGGAAAGGUUCAUCUCAGUUUUGAAGUUACGUAUAAAAGUGAAGCGAAGGCCGAAUCAAAUGUAGCUGUACCCAUUCAGAGCCAAUCAGGAGACGGCACGCCAUCUCAGACUGUUGCCAUGGAAACAUCAGAUGUGGCUGCUGCUGCUGGUGGAGUCUGGGCAGAAUUUGAAGGAGCGUGCGGUUGGUCCAAGCCUGAGACACAUCUGGACCUGAUGUGUAGAGAAAAGACAGAUGGAACCUCUUUGUUCUUGAUUGAGCCUCUAUCGUGGUGUCCUCACCUGGAUGCUGUUAAGCCUGUCCCUCCCUCAGGUAUCAACACCUUCCAGCUAUGUCAGGACUGUGGCUCAGAUUCUGAGAACUGGAUCUGCCUUACUUGCUACCAGGUGUACUGUGGUCGUUAUGUUAAUGAGCACAUGGUGACUCACAGCGUUGUGUCCGAACAUCCUCUGGUGCUGAGCUUCUCUGAUUUGUCUGUGUGGUGUUACCUGUGUGAGGUCUACAUCCAUAACCAGGUUGUGUAUGAAGCUAAAAAUGCUGCUCACUGUGCCAAGUUUGGAGAGGAGAUCCCUCCAUGGAGCUGAGAACACAAGAAAGUGAUGAAGAGAAGAGAAGAAUGUUGCAACGGAAACUAGCAACAGUGGUCCUUUGUGGGAAUGAUCUGCCGUGUCCCAAUAGUGAGCAAAAUUGAGAUAUUUUAUGUAAAUGUUUAACCUGAGAUUGGUGCUGAUCUUCAUUAUCACUGUUAUUGUUAAAAGAAUUGUAUUGCUUCAGUUUCCUGAAAUUGUAACGCUUUUUGAGAAGUCAGUGGGUUACAUUUAGUUCUUGAACGAGUAACAAAACUCUGCAUGUUUCACUUUUAUAAAUUAAUUUUAAUUAUUUCAAA